GGCAAACCAAUGAACGUCCCGCGAACGUGAGAGGAAGUAGACUGCCGACCUGAUGUUCCAACGAGUCUGAGGCAAAUAUCGGCAAGUAGACUACGGAGAUAGACGUUAUCAAAGCCGCUCUGGCAACCGUGGGCGGCUCUACUGCUGUUAUUUUGUUGCAAUAUUCCAGUGAUGCAAUCGCAGGGCAGCACUUCCUCCCAGCCCUCCGUUGAUUCACUGAGCUCCAGUGACAGCUACCUGUUCAGCCACUCUGAGCAGGCGGAGGAUGACACCGACGUCUUCCUGUCCGAACGCUCGCCCUCCGUCAUCCUCGGCACUGGGGGCAUGGUCAGGGGCGACGGGAGUGCCGGGGCAGACAGUCCCGAGUCCCAGUGGGCGUGUGACGGCUUCACCGACCGUGAGGAGGAUGAGUCACGGGGGUCAGAGGUUACUGGAGGUCACCCCAGGGUCACAGCUGAGAGAGAGAGAACAAGCGAGACGGAGAGAGAGAAGACAGAAGGAGACCUGCUCUUUGCCCAGAAGUGUGCUGAGCUGCAGGGGUUUGUCAGGCCCUUACUGGAGCUGCUGAAUGGACUGAAGGGGGGACGAUUUGACCGUGGUCUGAGUAGUUUCCAGCAGAGCGCAGCCAUGGACCGCAUCCAGAGGAUCGUAGGGAUCUUACGGAGACCCAACAUCGGGGAGAAAUAUAUGAACACUCUUCUCCAGGUGGAGACGAUGCUGAAGAUGUGGUUUCCACAGGUGUCCCCCUUGGCCCCACCUACCGCCCCUACCCUCUCCCCCCCUCACCUCUCACUCCGGGACACCCCAUGCAGCACCCCCCCACACAAGCACAGAGACCAGUCGCACAUCCCUGUCAAGAAGCGCAGACUGAGUUGGUCAGACACAGACUCUGACACCCCUCCUCCAGUACUCUUUAAGAGGCUCAACACCGGUGGAAGAGAGGAGAGGGGGAAGGAGGGGGGAGAUGUCCCCUCGGCAGCUUCAGGGGUACCCCCACACCCCCAGGACCCCACCAGCGACCAGGAGAAUGAGAGAAAGGAAGAUGAGGAGAGCAAAGAGGGAGAGGGAGAGUCAUCGAGCAACAAAGCGGGUCUCUGUUCUGAGCCCGGUCCCACCUCGGUCCUCAUAGCACCCAUCCUUUCCCCCUGGAGACCAAGGGAGGGGAAACAGCUGCUGCCUGUCAUACCACCUCCCACCACCAGGGGCAGUCCAGCCAUGCAGGACAGCGUAAUCUCUUCCACCACACCCUUCAACAACCUCCAAAGCCAGCAGCAGCCAAUUGGGUGCCAAAGCCAGCCUGUUGCCGGGAAGACUGGGAAAAAUACCUUAAAGACCUGUCAGGGGCGGGGCCAGGCACAUUCAAUCACGACAAAGCCUUUGAAAAGGGUGGAGCGUAAGAGCAGGGUUAACCCCGCCCCUUUAUAGACUUGAUGCAUUGAGCACGCUUCGACCAGCAGGCUAGUGUGACUAUGUCAACAUGCUAAAGCUGCUGUGAUAGGGAGAGUCAGGGUGGUGGAAAUGGGCUGCAGUCCAAACACUUUAUUUUUUGUACCCCCUCAGCCCUUGCACUAGACACUUUCCCUUGGGGGAAUCCCCUUCGAAACCGGAUACAGUUUGAUUGCCAUCUUAAGUGGAGGUCCAAUUCACUAACGUUGCCCCCUCGGCACUCGAUUUAGCUUGAGGGAGCGAGUGAAGAACUUGUGGGGUUGAUAUGACCCACAAUUCAAUGCAAACUGUAGUCAAGUGUCAUACUCCAGUGGCCGCGAAGUGUCACAUUUAAUCAACACGGCUGCAUUUUCGGCCUGUCAGACAGAAUUAUGAUGCUAGCUUGCUAAAAAAUAUAGUCUCGUAGUGAGGAGCCUAUAAAACGUAGCUAGCUUCAUAAACAUAUUUUUUGGAAUUCUGAAAUGUAUUGGAAUAAAUGACCAAACUAUAAAACUAGUUAGCCAGCUAUGGGUAACUGUAGCUAGCUAGCUACGUUAGCUUGCUAGGUACAUGAAUAGCUUUAGGUUGGUUGUUUUUAAGCUCAACUUCAAGAUUUCCACUAAGGACGUUGCCUCUCCGAUCAUCACUCUCCCUCGCUUAGGCAAGGGACAUUUAAGGUACACUCGGAUGUGACGAUGUAAAACAUAAUUCAAGGGCUGAGGGUUUAGGGCCGAGGGCUGUCUACUUUGAAUUUGGACUGCAGCCAUUUGAUGUGUUUCCUUAAUGAUGGACCUUUUGCAACUACCUAAACGCAAUUAGGACCAUUAAUGCGAACGAUAUCUGAGAGACUACAGUUAUUGCUACAUGAGGACAGAAUGUGUCCUUCAAAUCAUAAUCACAGUUCCAUAACAAUCUGAUUUUUUUGCACAAAUAGUGGUUGUAGAUCUGGAAGGUUGGUAAACACCUCUUAAAGCCCAACCCUUGUUCAUAGAAUAUUGGAUCUCUGAUUGACCGAAUGGUAUACUCUCUUACUCCACUUAAGAAAAGGAAAAUGCCACUAUGCAAACUUAAUCGAAAUGCUGUUGGCUUAAUGAUAUUUGGGUUUCAGGUGGGUGGAGGCAAGGAGGUUAGAGGUGACGAGGUGAAGAUGGUUAGGAGGACAGGUGGGAUAAGAUUUGGGGAUUAAGGAUAGUUAUAUUCCUGGAAUGAACGGAACCAAUAUUUUAUGUCUUACUCCUCAGAGAUGAUGCUUCCAGUGAAUAACAGCAGACAGACAGUUCAAUAGACAGAGGCAUUACGGAUAGAAGUGAGGAAUGAUCCAACUAGUCAGAUGCCAUUAGACUACUGAAUGACCUCUAGAGCUGAAUAACAUCUAAGAGGACGUGGCAAUGACCUCUACUGAAGUCUAAAGGGGUUUAGAAUCUAUUCCAUGUCAAUCCACCAACAUGACACAAUCUGUUUGUGAGGACGAAUACGAGGUGUUUUGGGUGAAGAUCGAUAAUGACUGAAACGAAUGAAACACAACUGGGUUUUAUUCUGUGUGGAGAAAUGUGAAGCGGGGCAUCCGUUAAACAGUAAAUCAAAUUUCAAUGGCCUAACCGGUAGAGGAUAGAAUACCAAGCAGACCUUAGAUCAGCUUCUAGGGACAACUUAAUCCUUUAAAUGGCUCAGUGAGAGACUCUAAAUAUCAUCCUGAGAGAAGAGCACACUCACAGCCAGACAGACAUGUUGACUUGACAACGCUGCAUUUAUUUAUUACCUUUAUUUAUUAAUUGGCAGCUGUGUUUCUCUGUCUGUGAACUUGCGAUUGGUUGACCGAUGGCUUUGGGAUGCUCUUGGGAAAGUUGCUGUACAACAGUUUGUUUGUGGUUUUUACUGCUAUGAUGGGACAAAUUUUGGGGGGAUGAUUGGACUUUUGGACUACUGUGCCUUUACCAAAUAGGAUGUGUACAAAAAACAAAGCAUUUUAUUAUUUCAAAGCAUUUUCUACAUUUUGAUUGUUUGCUUGUCUUUCUUAAUAGCGCAGUACACAAUUAGUCGAAUAACACAGUACACAACGCCUAAUUCCUGUCUUCAAUCUCUUAUCUGGCUUCCAGGGGUAUGUUGGGCAAAACUAGCUACCUACAGAUCCCACAACAACAAGGCAACCUCUACUGCAACCAGUGCAGUGGUCAUGUGUACAACACAACAGUAUUCUAUACAUAUACGUCAUAGUCUUCUAUGAACUAACAACAGUGGCUAAUUUAUUUACGUUUUUAGAUUAACAGUUGCCUCUUCUUUGGGGUGUAUUCUAUAGUUCAUUAUUUAGGUUGGUCUGACUGGAGGAUAUGAGCUGCGCUUGCUAUCUCCUGUGUGCUUCUUGGUGCUCCUCAAACAUGAAAAACAUGUGAGGAUCAAAGCUAAAAGGGAGACAGUAUGAAUAUUUAUUUUGCACCAUCAUCAUGCUGCUAUACAUAACUGUCUAAAAUAAACCUGAAUGAAACAUGAUUGAUAUAUUCCUCAUAACAAAUAAUUAAUACACAUGUAUUUACUAAUGAAUAAUAAUAAUAUAAUAAUAUAUUCCAUUUAGCAGGCACUUUUAUCCAAAGCGACUUACAGUCAUGCGUGC